CGAGCCUGAAACCUGAAGAACAGGCUCGGGGCUUAACAAGUUAAAGCAACACAUCAGGUGACUCUCAGCUGAUUCCUCAUUCACUGCAGGAAGUGAACAAGAGCAGACGUAGCAGAUAUUUGUUGUCCUUCGGAGCUUAAAGACUAUCUGUUCAGAGAUAGAAAAAGUAUUUGACAUUCACUAACACACUAAGAGAGGAAAUGGCGCAACAAGAAAUAAUCAGCUGUUCGAUCUGUCUGGAUCUACUGAAGGAACCGGUGACUAUUCCCUGUGGACACAACUACUGCAUGAACUGUAUUCAACGCCACUGGGAUGACAAUCUAAUCUACAGCUGCCCUGUGUGUAGACAGGCCUUUGCACCAAGGCCUGUCCUGGUGAAAAACACUAUGCUAGCAGACUUAGUGGAGGAGCUGAAGGAGACUGGUUCUGCUGAUCACUGCCAUGCUGGAGCUGAAGAUGUGGGAUGUGAUUUCUGCACUGGGAGAAAACUGAGAGCCUUGAAGUCCUGUCUGCAGUGUGUGGCCUCAUACUGUGAGAAACACCUCCAGCCUCAUUAUGAUUCUCCUGCCUUUAAGAAGCACAAGCUGGUGGAGCCCUCCAAGAAGCUCCAGGAGAACAUCUGCUCCCGUCACAACGAGGUGAUGAAGCUGUUCUGCCACACUGAUCAGCAGUGUAUCUGUUAUCUCUGCACUAAGGGUGAACAUAAAGGUCACGACACGGUGUCAGCUGCAGCAGAGAGGACUGAGAGGCAGAGACAGAUGAAGGGGAGUCGACAAAACAUCCAGCAGGGAAUCCAGGACAGAGAGAAGGAGGUGAAGCUGCUUCGGCAGGAAGCAAAGGCCAUCAAUGGCUCUGCUGAUAAAGCAGUGGAUGAGAGUAAGAAGAUGUUCACUGAGCUGAAGCAGCAGGUCAGAUCCCAGCAGAAGAGUGAAGUGAGUCGAGUCAAAGAGCGUCAGGAGAAGCUGGAGCAGGAGAUCUCUGAGCUGAAGAGGAGAGACGCUGAGCUGCAGAAGCUCUCUCACACAGAGGAUAACAACCAGUUUCUGCUCAACUACCCCUCUCUGUUACCUCUCAGUGAACCUAAACACUCAUCCAGCAUCAAAGUCCAUCCUCUGCGCUACUUUGAGGACGUGACAGCGGCUGUGUCAGAAAUCAGAGAUAGACAACAGGACGUCCUGAGGAAGACGUUGAACGACACCUCACUGAUGGUGAGUGAAGUGGAAGGCGUACUGCCACCUCCAGAGCCAAAGACCAGAGCUGAAUUCCUAACAUAUUCCGAUGAAAUCAAAUUUGAUCGAAACACAGUAAAAAGUGUAGACCUGGAAUACACAGACACAUUCACUUUUUAUUUUCAGCUCCUGAGUACAGAGAGUGUGACUGGUCGUUGUUACUGGGAAACGGAGUGGGGUGUUGGGAGGGGGCUUUGUGUAGGAGUUACAUACAAGAACACCAGCAGAGCAGGGGGAUGGGAGGAAUGUUUGUUUGGAUUCAAUGAUAGUUCAUGGGGGUUAUAUUGUUUAAAUGACGGUUAUACCUUUUGGUACAACAACAUCAAAACUCCCGUCGCAGUUCCUCAGUGCAACAAAGUAGGAGUGUACCUGGAUCACAGCGCAGGCGUUCUGUCCUUCUACAGCGUCACUGAAACCAUGACUCUCCUCCACAGAGUCCGGACCACAUUCACUCAGCCGCUCUAUGGUGGACUUCUGUAUUAAUUACAGUUCUAUUGGAGACACUGCUGAGUUCUGCAAACUCAAAUAAUCAUUUAAAGGGGCCAUGUGUUGUUCAUUUUCAUUUUCAGGUUCCUAUUAGUAGUUGUUUCCUUUACUGGGACAUGUAUCAAUGCUUUAAUGUUCAAAAAGCUCUUUAUCUUGAACUCAUUUAUCUCAAUGCUUGCCGCUGACAGCUGAUUGUUGUGGCAUUUCUUCAGAUAUCAAUCAAACAUUAUGGGCUCAGCUGUACUUUGACAUAUUGUCUUAAGUUGGUAUGUUGUAAAUGUUAGUUUCUUUAGUGUGUUUAGCUAUCACUGCUCAUGAUGAUGUUUGUUUCUCUGCAUGAAUAUUUACAUUUCUUUAUGCUCUAAAAUAUUGUUAAAAAUGGGUUUUCAUGUAUUUCUAUGUUGCUGACCCUCUUCCACUGCAAGGGUCUAGAGAAGAACUAGCAGAACUACUUCCUGGACACUUUGCUCUGUUUGUGUGCAUUUGUAAAGACAUGUUCAAUUACAAUGUGUUGUUGUUGUUGUUGUUGUUGUUAUGAGAUAUCAUAGAUCUGUAAAUAUCAUGAUCAUAUUAAUUAAUGAGGAAUGAUUCAUUAUGUUCUUAUACAUAGCGGAGAUUCUGCUGUGACAAAGUGAUUGUGUUGAUGAAAUCAUUAAACCGGUGAUAAGAAAUAAAAACAUUUAACAAA